GGCUAACACACGCACAUACACACCGUUGAGCAGUCUUUUGCUGCCACGGUCGUGCGUUCAGCCUUUCAACGGCAUCCUUAUCGGGGACCGCCACCAGCAAAAAUGCAGGCCCUACAGAAGAUUCAGCGCCAGGCCCAGCGCCAGGCCAGCGCCCAGGCGCCCCUGCGCGUUGAGGUGCCCGCUGUGAACCGCGCAGUGCCGUCGGCCGCAGCCGCUCCCGUGGCUGCCGCUGCGCCUCUGCCUGCCGCUCGCCGUGCCGCGGCCUUUGGCGCCCCGGCUCGCCCUGUGACCGUCUGCCGCACCGCCACCGUCGAUGCUCCGGCGUCUGCCUCGUCUGAGGGGUCUGUGCGCGAGGACAUCCGCAACAUUGCCAUCAUCGCCCACGUCGACCACGGCAAGACCACGCUGGUGGACGCUAUGCUCAAGCAGUCCAAGGUGUUCCGUGACAACCAGGCCACCGCCGAGCGCAUCAUGGACAGCAACGACCUGGAGCGCGAGCGCGGUAUCACCAUUCUGGCCAAGAACACCGCCAUCCGCUACCGCGGCAUCAAGGUGAACAUCAUUGAUACGCCCGGCCACGCCGAUUUCGGCGGCGAGGUGGAGCGCGUGAUCAACAUGUGCGACGGCGUGCUGCUGCUGGUGGACUCCGUGGAGGGCCCCAUGCCCCAGACCCGCUUCGUGCUGCGCAAGGCGCUGGAGCUGCAGAAGCGCGUGGUGGUGGUUGUGAACAAGAUCGACCGCCCCGCCGCCCGCCCCGACUGGGUCAUUGACUCAACCUUCGAGCUGUUCAUGGACUUGGGCGCUUCCGACGAGCUGUGCGAGUUCCCCGUGGUUUACGCCUCGGGUGUGAAUGGCAUUGCCGGCAUGACCCCGGAGACGCUGGCUGAGGACCUGGAGCCCCUGUUUGCGACCAUUGUCAAGGAGAUCCGCCCGCCCUCCGUGCAGCCGGCGGCGCCCCUGCAGCUGCUGUGCGCCAACAUCGACUACGAUGAGCACAAGGGCCGCAUCGCCAUCGGCCGCGUCAGCAGCGGCACCAUCAAGCGUGGCCAGACCAUCUCGAUCUGCUCCUCGCUGGAGCCCGGCAAGGUGCGCCAGGCCAAGAUCGCUGAGCUGUUCGUGUACGACAACUUCAGCCGCGUGCCGGUCGAUGAGGUGGCGGCUGGUGACAUCUGUGCGCUGUCGGGCAUUGCCGAUAUCAAGAUCGGCGAGACCAUCACCCAGCGCGAGAACCCCGUGCCCCUGCCCACCAUCCAGGUGGAGGACCCAACCGUGAACAUGACCUUCAAGGUCAACACCUCGCCCUUCGCCGGCAAGGAGGGCAAGUUCGUGACCUCGCGCAACCUGAAGGACCGCCUGGAUCGCGAGCUGGAGCGUAACCUGGCGCUGCGCGUGGAGCCCGGUGAGACCUCGGACUCGUUCGUGGUGUCUGGCCGCGGUACUCUGCACCUGGGUAUCCUCAUUGAGAACAUGCGUCGUGAGGGCUACGAGUUCGAGAUUGGCCCCCCGAAGGUCAUCACCCGCGAGGUGAACGGCAAGACGUGCGAGCCCUACGAGGAGGCCAUUGUGGACGUGCCGGAGCAGUACGUGGGCGCCGUCGUGGAGCUGUUCGCCCAGCGGAAGGGCGAGAUGGUGGACCUGAUCCCCUCGAUCCAGGGCGCCUCGCGCAUCAAGUUCCGUAUCGCCACCCGCGGCCUACUGGGCCUGAAGAACUCGCUGCUGACCGCCACCCGCGGCCUGGGCGUCAUGAACACCCUGUUCCUCGAGUACGCCCCUGUUGCGGGCGAGAUUCUGAUGCGCGAGAACGGCUCUCUGGUGGCGCACGAGACCGGCCAGGCCACGACGUACGCUCUGGAGAGCGCGCAGGACCGCGGCCAGAUGUUCUGCCGCCCCGGCGACCAGGUGUACGAGGGCCAGGUGAUUGGCAUGCACGCCAAGGCGGGAGACCUGAAGGUCAACAUCUGCAAGACCAAGCAGCUGACCAACAUGCGCGCCGCCGGCAAGGACACCAAGGUGGGCCUGGACGAGCCCCGCAGCAUGGGCCUGGACGACUCGCUCGAGUACAUCAACGACGACGAGCAGGUGGAGGUGACGCCCAAGAGCAUCCGCAUCCGCAAGGACCCCAUGGCUGCCAACAAGGGCAAGAAGGGCCGCUAAAGCAUACAGUGAUGACGACCCGUAAGAAAGAUCGUGUGUGGUGUUGACUAAUGACACGCACCGUCGCAGCAGUGCAGUGGUUUGGCUGGCUGUGUGCCCGAUUCGGUUCUUGCUCGGCAAUGUCAUUUUGUGUGAUGCGUGCCAUUCACUUGUUGUUACGUAGCCAUGUAGUGGGAUUCCUGAUGUUGUUUGCAGCACUUCGUUUGCUUCCAGAGCGCGUCUGGUUUGUUUCUGGUGGUUUCGUUUGUGGUCCAUGUGGUGGUUCAUCCGCAUGCAGCUAGUCGUGAGCUGUGAGAAGAUGGUGACGUAAAGAGCGCACAGCGGACUGUGAGGGUUAUAAGAGUGUGGACGAUGUGAGCAGGAGAGGAGAGGGGAGCCCGGUACACCGUUGCUACGCAGAAUCUGGUGAGCAUUUAGGCAGUGCCGAUGCACCGAACAUCUGAGGAGCGGGGACUGGGGUGGGUCGCAUGGGUACAUUGCAUGCAUACGGCAUGAAAGCCGGCCGCCCGAGUAUGUUGGCGCUGGGGUGGGCUGCUGAAUGGCGUUGCAUGACCCCGCAGAUCAAGCUCCUGUGUAACGCAACCUCUUG